AUGUCUAGGGAUACCGUUGGUAUACCUGAACUUGAGGUGGACGAGUUGAUCGAGCUUGCCAAUGAGAUUGUGGAAGCUGGCGGGGGCCGUGGCGAUGGCGAUGACAGUGACGGUGGCGGCCGUAACGGGGUUCGAUUUCGAAUAGACAAUUUGCGAGAUGCAAGAGCCGUUAUUAUUGAACAUGAGGGGAACAACAACUACAAUAACAACUACAAUAGCGACAAUGAGGAUUUCCAUAGGGAUGCAGCCAUGGGGAAUAUAGAACACGUGCGGCGACCAUUAUGGUUUGAAGUCAUUGGAUUGAUAAUAGUCACGUUGUUUCUACUGGGAGUUUACUGGUUGGUAUUGUCGUUGGUUCUGAUUAGCUCAUUCAGUAGAGAUUUUUUCAAAGAUAUAUUUGACUUUGUCGAUACUGUCAAUAAGGGUAACUACAGCUUCAUUGAUCCGCAUUCUCUUAUUAACAAAUUUGCAAUAAUAAUUAAAACAGAAAUACCAAAUCUUCCAGACACGCUAUGGAUGGUCAUCACUUUGGUUGUAUUUGCAACAUACAUUGUCAUGACAACCAUUAUACUUAUCCUGAGCAUGAUGUUCUCCUUGAUGUGUCUGUCCAUGUGUUGUGUGUCCCGAUGGAGAUAUUUGGGGGAAUUCUUCAUGAGACUCGUUGAAAGUUGA